AUGGCAACAUUAACUGUAAGAGAGGGCAUCGAUCUUGAGCUACAAGCCUCCAAAGAUACUCAAAUUUUACUAAUAGGCAAGAAGAAACUUGUCAAGAAUAUCAAAUUCGAUGACGAUAUUAUGGCGAAAUUCUCGGGUUUUGUCACUUCUAAAACUUGGGGUUCAUUAAUGGAAACAUUAACUGAAAAUAGUCCAGCAACAAUACCACUGUAUUUGAAUUUAGCUACCGUUAUUGCUGUGGCAGAUGAAUCGAGUCGACAUAAUGCUCCUUCAAACGCUAUAUCAAUUUUUAAAGAAGUGAAAAAGGCAAGUCAGAGAGAUGGAAUUAAGAAUGUCUCUGUAAUUUUAUAUGGAAUACUAGCAGAUGUGUUUCCAAGUGUUGCUGCAAUAGCACGUUGUUAUCCUCUUUAUAGUCGAUUAACUGAAAAUCGCGACAGUUUAGAGAAUGUUCAAAUUGAAGUUGUUGUUGCUGAUGGCAAAAAGCUCACAAAUCUUGAUCUGUUGUUUCUCCAAACGUUGACGGAAUCGAUUCGAAAUACUGCUCGCCUAAUUGAUAUGCCAUAUAAUGAGCUUAAUACGGAACAGUUUGUUGCUGAAGCUAGUGAAUUAAUUUCAACACUUCCGAAUAUACGAAGUACAAUUAUCAAGGGCAAUGAUUUACUUGAAAAAGGUUUUGGAGGGAUAUAUCAUGUUGGUAAGGCAUCAUCUUCACCACCGAUUUUUGCAUGCUUUAGCCAUAAGCCACCAAAUGCUACGAAAACAUACGCUAUGGUUGGAAAAGGUAUAGUGUAUGAUACAGGUGGUAUGCAGAUUAAAACGAAAACUUCAAUGCCUGGUAUGAAGAACGAUAUGGGUGGUGCAGCUGCUUUACUUGGUUCAUUUUAUACCUUGGUAAAAUUGGGCUUUAAACAAAACUUGCACUGUUUACUAUGCGUCGCAGAUAAUGCUAUUUCGCAUAUUGCAAACCGUCCGGAUGACAUUAUAACGAUGUUAAGUGGUAAAACGGUUGAAAUCACGAAUACGGAUGCCGAAGGUCGUCUCGUAUUAGCUGAUGGUGUUUAUUAUGCGAAAAAUAUGCUCAAAGCUGAUACAAUAAUCGAUAUGGCGACAUUAACAGGUGCACAAGAACUUGCAACUGGAAAACUCCACGCUGCUGUAUUAACCAAUAGUGAAGAAUGGGAGAAUCGUGCUUGUAAAGCUGGACAAGCUAGCGGUGACCUUGUUCAUCCGUUACCGUUUUGUCCGGACUUGCAUUUUAAUGAUUUGAAAAGUCCCAUAGCAGAUAUGCGAAAUUCAACUUUUGCCAAAGGGCAGGGACCUAAAAGCUCUAUUGCUGGUCUGUUUAUUGCAUCGCAUAUUGAUUUUGGAAGCGGCUUGAAUUGGAUACAUUUUGAUAUUGCUUCUCCUGUGGAAAGUUGCAGUCGUGCAACAGGUUAUGGUCCUGCUCUGAUUUGCGCACUUCUUGCAUCCGAUCUGGAUGUUCCGCUGCUUAAAACUUUGCAGUGA